AUGUUGACAACAAAAGUAUUCUUUAGAAAAACUAAAGGAGGAAACGUUUUUAAGACUGUUAGGGAACAUUACCUUAGAGAUGACAUUCACUGUGGUUCUAAGGCUUGCACAAAAUGUUUUCAUAGAACUCGGAAUGUAAUAUUAGAUGAUGAAGAUUCAAGUGCAAAAAGCUCUAAAAUAACACACCCUUAUUAUUUACUGAUGGAUACUAAUAUUAUUUUAGAUCAGAUUGACAUCUUAGAAGAAGAUCUUAUUUCUAAUGUUAUCAUUUUACAAACAGUGUUGGAAGAGGUAAAGCAUAAAAGUUCUACUGUAUAUAAAAAGUUAAGAGAUAUUAUCAAUAACACACGCAGGAAAUUUUAUGUGUUUGUUAAUGAACAUCAUAAAGAAACUUAUAUUGAACGUAAGCCUGGUGAAAGUGUAAAUGUCAGAAAUGAUAGAGCAAUUAGAGUUGCAACAAAAUGGUAUAAUACUCAUCUAGAUCUGGACAAUUGUAAAGUUACAAUUGUCCUGUUAACAGACGAUACACAAAAUAGAGAAUUGGCAGAAUCUGAAGGAAUACCAGUUAUUUCAAUGGAAAAUUAUAUUACAUCACUAGAAAAUGCUGGUUUUUUGGUUGAUAAACUAUGCAAAAAAAGUUAUAACAUGAAUUCAGAAAGUCAAGAAUUUUUUCCAUGUCAUCUUACACCAUCUGAAUUACACAGUGGUAUAAAAAAUGGGAAAUUUUCACAUGGAACAUUUGCAGCAUCGAGAGAAAACUUUCUUGAAGGAUACGUGAAUGUAGAUGGAGUUGAAAAAUCUAUUUUUAUCCAAGGUCGCAGUAACCUUAAUAGAGUUGUUGAUGGUGAUGUAGUAGCAAUUGAACUCUUAGCAGAGGAUCAGUGGUCAUCUCCCAGUGACAUUGUUCUGCAAGAUGAGGAAGAGGCAGAUGUUGGCGAUGUUUUAGAAAUAGAAAAAGUGUUAGACAAAUUUGUUUCUUCCAAGAAAAUGCAGAAGACGCCAACUGGCAAGGUUGUGGGUAUUAUUAGAAGAAACUGGAGACAAUAUUGUGGAAUACUGCAGCCCAGUAAUGUAGAAGGGAAUGUACGACAUUUGUUUAUCCCAGCUGAACGAAAAAUACCUAAAAUAAGAAUCGAGACUAGGCAAUAUGGGGUGUUGAGUAAACAACGAAUCAUCGUUGCCAUUGACUCAUGGCCGCGUAAUUCCAGGUAUCCCCUUGGUCAUUUUGUGCGCGCAUUGGGAAAAAUAGGAGAUAAGGCCACUGAAAACGAAGUAAUACUGUUAGAGCAUGAUGUUCCCCAUAGUCGAUUUUCUGAUGCUGUUCUUAGUUCACUACCGAAAAUGCCAUGGCGUAUCACGGAUGUUGAUUUGGCACAGAGGGAGGAUUUAAGACAUUUAGUUAUAUGUUCAGUUGACCCGCCAGGAUGUACAGACAUCGAUGAUGCACUGCACUGUAUAGAUUUACCAAAUGGUAAUUUAGAAGUAGGUGUACAUAUUGCGGAUGUGACACACUUUGUUAGACCCGGAACAGCUUUAGAUAAAGAAGCGGCGUUACGAGCAACGACUGUAUAUCUAGUCGAUACGAGAAUUCAAAUGCUUCCUGAGUUACUUAGCACCAAUCUUUGCUCUUUGAGAGGAAACGAAGACAGGCUCGCGUUUUCUUGUAUAUGGGAAAUGGAUAGAGACGCUAAUAUAGUUAAUACUAGAUAUUGUAAAUCCAUAAUUAAUUCGCGAGCAGCGAUGACUUAUGAUGAAGCUCAAUUAAAAAUUGACGAUGCAUCCCAGCAAGAUGCGCUUGCAAAAUCAUUAAGGAAUCUUAACAGUUUAGCUAAAAAAUUAAGAAAGAGACGUUUGGAGAAUGGAGCAUUAGUAUUGGCGUCUCCAGAAAUCCGUUUUCAAGUUGACAGUGAAACACAUGACCCCAUUGAUGUGAAAGCGAAAAAGCUGCAAGAAACUAAUUCUAUGAUAGAAGAAUUUAUGCUGCUCGCGAAUAUUUCAGUUGCGAAGAAAAUUGUAAAGGAAUUCCCAGAGUGUGCGGUGUUGAGAAGACAUCCUGAACCACCACCUGCCAAUUUCGAGCCUCUUAUAAAGGCUGCAAAGAAUCAAGGUUUUACUAUAAAUGUUAAUAGUGGCAAAGAAUUGGCAGAAUCAUUAGAUAUAUGUCAUAAAGAAGGCAACCCCUAUUUUAACACUAUGUUAAGAAUACUCGCCACACGUUGUAUGAUGCAAGCUGUAUAUUUCAUCAGUGGAAUGGUUCAACCAAAUGAAUACUUUCAUUAUGGUUUAGCGUGUUCUAUUUAUACUCAUUUUACAUCGCCCAUUCGAAGAUAUGCAGAUGUAAUGGUUCAUCGUUUACUGGCAGUCAGCAUUGGGGCAGAUGCUACAUAUCCUGAAUUAUUAGACAAAAAGAAAUGCCAUGCACUUUGUCAUAAUCUAAAUCAUCGUCAUAGAAUGGCUCAAUAUGCUGGUCGAGCAUCCGUAGCAUUAAAUACACACUUGUUCUUUAGAGAAAAAAUUCAAGAUGAAGAAGGAUAUAUACUUUUUGUUCGAAAGAACGCGCUACAAAUAUUGAUUCCGAAGUAUGGUUUGGAGGGAACUUUGUAUUUGACCGACAAAAAAUCAGCAUCGACUGUAACAUUCAAAUACAAUAACUCUGAUCAUUCGCAAACAUGGGGAGAUAUUGUAUUCCGCACCUUUGAUCUUGUCAUAGUGCAGAUAAGUUUGGACAGAUCCAAUGUACAGCACGAAAAGUUAAUAUUUAAGCUGGUAAAACCAUAUAUUCCAGGUUUCAGUGUUCCCUCAGAAAGUUCAGAAGGUUAUAAACUUGGAUUGGAAGAAAGUGCAAGAGAAGUGCAAAAACGGAAAAUAGAUACAGAGAAAGUACCAGACGAGAACGUUAAAAGUGGGAAAAACAAAAAAAAGAAGAAGAAAAGGAAACAGUAAUUCUACAGUAUAUUUUUCCUUUCAGAGUACUCUAUUUUUGACUGUUUUGUACAUUUUGACAUAAAAAAAGACAAAUAAAUAUGUGUAUAUACAUUUCAUUUAUGUGUAUUAAAAAAACAA